UGGUUACUUCAUUCGACUGACAGCAUGCCUGCUGACGUUGCCAAACCCGCUCCCAAGAAGGGCUCCAAGAAAGCCGUUUCUAAGACCGCAGUCAAGGGCGGUAAGAAGCGUCGUAAGACCAGGAAGGAGAGCUAUGCCAUCUACGUGUACAAGGUGCUGAAGCAGGUCCACCCCGACACCGGUAUCUCCUCUAAGGCGAUGGGAAUCAUGAACUCCUUCGUCAACGACAUCUUCGAGCGCAUCGCCGGUGAGGCCUCUCGUUUGGCUCACUACAACAAGCGCUCCACCAUCACCUCCAGGGAGAUCCAGACCGCCGUCCGCCUGCUGCUCCCCGGUGAGCUGGCCAAGCACGCCGUGUCUGAGGGCACCAAGGCUGUGACCAAAUACACCAGCUCCAAGUAGAUUCGACCUCUUUUAACUCAAACGGUCCUUUUCAGGACCACUGAAAUACGUCUAAAAGAGCUAUACCUUUAACUAUGCAGACGCUGUCCAUAUUUCAAGCAGUAUUUUGGGGGUACGGAAUGCAUUUAAACCAAGCUUAGAAACGACGGGCUUUGGACAGGACUUAUCUGAAACUGAACACACACUCACGGUACAGUUUGAAUGCUUCGGAAUAAAAAGCCUUUUUGAGGAUUUUUUUUUUUUUUGUAUAGGGGUAGCCUACCGGCAAUUCAGCGGCGUUAAACUCACUCCCCACACACAAUCAAACGAGUCUCUGCUCUGCUCCUUGGUUGGGAAGUCUUUCCCCGCUCCUUAUUUUUCUAAGACCAUCCGUCUUUUGAAACAAAUGCAUUUGAAGUGUUUGAAUCUGAUAACCUCACUUUGAGUUUGUCUUAUUUGAUUAUGUUUAUUGUUUUCAUGGGGAUGCCAAGUUGGGUUGUUAUCGAAGUCUCCAUAAUGCUGCCGGCAUGCUGUCAGCAACAACUGGCAAGCCAGUACAUCUUCUAUUUCAUUUCUUUAUCUUUUUUGUUUUUGUAAAAGACCAAUAAUACUAAAGAUCCGUGUAAACGGUGUGUUUCAAUAAU